GUCUUUUCUUUUAUUUAAUACAGUGUAUGCAUUGUACAUUACAGGGCAUUACAUUCAAAGCUUCAAUGUUUGUGCAGUUAACACAUUUGACCUGAGGUGGCACUGUGUGCUAUGUAAAAACGAAAACCAUUACAGUGUAAAAGGGGAAUACCUAUCAAUCAUACUAUUCUGUUUUCAUUUACAGCCCCUAGAUACAUUAGUAGCAUCAGGGUUAAAAAUGACAAAUCAAGUAGUUAUCUAAAGUCGUGUUUUAGAUGCAGAGUUAGACAAAUCUACAAGCAGACUGCAUACUGCUUAGAUGUGAACAGUGCACUUCAUACGCCUCCUCUUGCAAAAGUGAAAAGGUUAUAUUUUUUGUAACGCUGUUAAAAAGACACAAAUUCUUUAGCCAAGAAAAGCAGUGGUACGGGCAAACACAAGUUCAGAUUGAAAUAACUUCCAUGCUAAGGCUCAGGAGUGCAGACAAUGUGCUCAUUCACAGGUCCUUACCUCAGUCUUCGUAAUCACAGCUCAGCCCAGUUAAUCCAAAGGAAUUCAACGCAAAGCACAAACAGAACUGACUCAAGCAGCAGCACAGUCAAACCCUUAUGCUAUGGAACAUAUAGGGUUAUGGCAACAAGUUUCCAGUCACUGAUUCUCCAUGUUACAUAAUGAUCAGUCACAUUUUACUGCAUCAGACAAUGCAUUGAGUCUAUAUAGAAAUGCAAAAACUGGUUUACUCCUAUUCAUGGCAGUCACCAUUAAACGUAUUUUUGUUUCUGAAGAAUGUGGAGUAAAUAGCUUUCCGAAUCGAACCUAUGCUUUUUAAUGGCACUAACAUGUAGUGCUGCAUAUCUAUAGCUUGCAUGUGUUGUUCUACCUUGAUUCCUGUCCAAUCUUAAUUCACAAGCAGUGAAUCACAUCUAGUUCAUACUAGUAGACAGCACAAACCUAGCUGCUGUAGGUAAUGUGAUGCCACCAUUCAAUAGACUGAAGCUACAUCCUCUCUCUCCUCCCAGCUCAUUUCCUUUGCAAUUCACAGGCUUGAAUAGUCUCAUUGACUGGAGCCAGAGGAAUGUGGUGUUUGUGUCACUCUGCUGUGAAAAUGAAUUUAGUUUAAACUGGAACGCAGCAAAGUGUUUGGGUUUUUUUCUCUCGGACAGGUCUCCUAAAGAUCUGUGGGCUGCUGUGUAGUUUUGUCAUCUUUCACAGCAGUUCUAAGUUAACUUUUGAACACAGUGAUCCAUCCUCUUGAGGAGGCAAACAGUGGCAGUGACAGAAUCUGGUGUGCAGUAAACCACUCAGUCAACUAUGAGGGCCAGGCUGCUUUUCAUCCUGGUGGUUGCUACAGCUUUCCUGCUGGACUUCGCUCAGUGCCAGAAAAAGGAAAAAGAAGAACCAAGGCCGACAGCAGAGAAAAAGAAAAAGGAGAAAGCCAAACCGGCUGGCGCUAAAACAGCAAAGCCUGUACUGAAGAAGACCAAAGCCACACCCAAGCCGACCCUGCCCCCAACCCCGCCCCCUGCCCCUUCCCCUCCAGUCCUGACCCAGGUGCUGGAGCGGGGGAAGUUCCAGAAAGUGGGAGACUCACUGACCGUGCAGGCAGGGGACACUCUAGAUCUACGCUGCAAGGGCAAGCCUGUGGAGUGGGCUUUCCCAGACUACCUGGAGGAGGAGCAUGAAGGCAGGCUCAGGGUUAUACAGCAUCUCAAGUACAGCUCUCUGAUACUAGUGAACUCAACUGGGGCAGACACAGGAGAGUAUAUUUGCUACCCAAUGUACUGUGAGGACAGUGACUGCAGGAGGGAGUACGACAGAGCAGCCAAAACUUUCAUCUUCUUUUCAGACCCGCAGGAGCUGUUUGUCCCGUCGGCGGAGUACUACGAGGUGGUACAACUGCGCACCAACAGGCCCGCCACGCUGCCGUGUCAGGUGACCUCGCCCGAUGCCACGGUUACGCUGCACCGCGAGUUCCCCCCUGAGGAGGUGAAGGUGGACGGGGUGGAGAUCUCCUUCAACCUGAAGAAGGGCUUCAUCAUCCACCGGCCCAAAGCCCACCAUGCCGGCUCGCUCUUCUGCAUGGCCAGCUACCGGGGCCUGCGACAGAUAUCCACCAAGUACAUGCUCAUUUACGUCAACUAUCCAGUUGCUCCCCCUUCUCCGACAAUCAAAGCGUCUCUGAGUACAGUUCAUGCUGAUCAGAAUCUGCAGGUGACCUGCACAGUGCUCGGAGAGGCGGAGGUGGUCAUUGAUUUCACCUGGGAGUACCCAGGACAAAAGAUGGGCAGGCCGCCCUACACCCAGGACAGCACCUGGACGUUGCGCUCGGGGGGGCAGACGCGGCAGCAGUCCGAGACGGUUCUCAUGGUGGACGGGGUGAGGGCCGUGGACCAGGGCACCUACACCUGCACUGCCAGCAACCUGGCCGGCUCCACCAGCGUGUCCACCACCGUCACUGUGCUGCCGGCACAGACAGCCAGGUCCAGACACCACUGA